AGCGGAAGGAGGAGAAGCUGGUCGGCCGUCGAAGUCAUUCUAUCUUACUCGGACAGCGACGGGACUCCAGUACGACCCGUAUUCUGUCUCAACGUCAAGAACGGCACGGACGUGCACAAGUUUGAGGCGAUUGAGGACUGCUUCAUCCUCGAUUUCGACCCUUACGAUCAGCCCGCCUCUGAUCAGAAACUCAAUUCUGAAUUGGGUACUUUUGGGGUUUUGAAUCUUUGCUCAAGGUGGCUUGUAGAGAUUAUCCCCAUGCUAGGCAUCUCUGUGCUGAGUUUCCAUUCGACAAGACUCCACACAAGAAAUACUGCUCCGGGUGUUACUGCUACGUUUGAGAUACUUCCUGCGGUGAAUCAGGCGCGGAUUCUUCCUGCUCCUCGUAGUAGAGAGAGACGAAUCGGAUUGCACACUUCUUUCAGCACGGCGAGAACUCCGACGGCUGAG